UGGCUGAACUAGUUCAACCUCUGAGGAAUGUGUUUGUGCAAGUCUGCUGUACUUUGCCCUGCCCCUUGCUUGGAAUAAUUAUGGACUGCCUCAAAGUGUUCCAGGAAAAAACAAUCUUUCAGGACGAAGUCCGGGCCGAGUGCUGUGGACACUAUUAUCACAUGAAAUAAAAGUGUCUGUUGGCUUUUCUUAAAGCGGGGUCACUGGAGCUGCUCUAGGUGUGACGUUCAUUUCCACGUCAACAGGUUUCACAAGCAACACGUCACGCCACGUUUCAUCAGAGCUUCAUUGAAGAGUUUGAAUGGAUCUCGUGAAGCAUGCAGGCGGCUGCCACUGUGGGGCUGUUAGAUUUGAAGUCUUGAGUUCCCCAGACCUCCAUGUUUUCCAGUGCAACUGUAGCAUUUGCACAAAGAAACAAAACCAUCAUUUCAUUGUUCCAAAAAGUCACUUCACACUCUUACAGGGGUCAGAUAAUCUGACCACGUACACGUUCAACACUCACGUUGCUAAACACACCUUCUGUAAAACCUGUGGAGUUCAAAGUUUCUACAGUCCACGCUCCAACCCUGAUGGAUACGGUGUCGCUCCGCACUGUCUGGAUCCAGGUACCGUCCACAGUGUCACAGUGGAGAAGUUUUGUGGGGAGAAGUGGGAAGAAAGCAUGCAAGCUCACAAGAGCAUCAGAGAUAUGUCUAAACCUGCACCAGACACACAGCUUAGAGAAACACAAUGACACCACUGUGAUAUAAGAAUCAAGCUUUUGUUUAAUCUAGAAACACUGUACAGUAUUUUCAACAAUCUUUCACAUUAUAAGAUGGAAAAAAACGCUCAACUCAUUCAAACCCUAGUGUUGUUUUUAUACAGUGUAAUGACAAUAAAGAUGUUUCUCUAGCAGAAAA